AUGAAAAAGCCUUCCAAGGUCCUGGAGCGGCCUUCCAAGGUCCUGGAGCAGCCUUUCAAGGUCCUGGAGCAGCCUUCCAAGGUCCUGGAGCGGCCUUCCAAGGUCCUGGAGCGGCCUUCCAAGGUCCUGGAGCGGCCUUCCAAGGUCCUGGAGCAGCCUUCCAAGGUCCUGGAGCGGCCUUCCAAGGUCCUGGAGCGGCCUUCCAAGGUCCUGGAGCGGCCUUCCAAGGUCCUGGAGCGGCCUUCCAAGGUCCUGGAGCGGCCUUCCAAGGUCCUGGAGCGGCCUUCCAAGGUCCUGGAGCGGCCUUUCAAGGUCCUGGAGCGGCCUUUCAAGGUCCUGGAGCGGCUUUCCAAGAUCCUGGAGCGGCCUUUCCAGGUCCUGGAGCGGCCUUCCAAGGUCCUGGAGCGGCCUUCCAAGGUCCUGGAGCGGCCUUCCAAGGUCCUGGAGCUGCCUUUCAAGGUCCUGGAGCGGCCUUUCAAGGUCCUGGAGCGGCCUUUCCAGGUCCUGGAGCGGCCUUUCAAGGUCCUGGAGCGGCCUUUCAAGGUCCUGGAGCGGCCUUUCAAGGUCCUGGAGCGGCCUUUCAAGGUCCUGGAGCGGCCUUUCAAGGUCCUGGAGCGGCCUUUCAAGGUCCUGGAGCGGCCUUUCAAGGUCCUGGAGCGGCCUUUCAAGGUCCUGGAGCGGCCUUCCAAGAUCCUGGAGCGGCCUUUCCAGGUCCUGGAGCGGCCUUUCCAGGUCCUGGAGCGGCCUUUCCAGGUCCUGGAGCGGCAUUUCCAGGUCCUGGAGCGGCCUUCCAAGGUCCUGGAGCGGCCUUCCAAGGUCCUGGAGCGGCCUUCCAAGGUCCUGGAGCGGCCUUUCAAGGUAUUGUGUCGCCCCCUGGUGGACAGAGCAGCCACUGAAAGUCUGUGGUCACCUGGUCCUAACCACGAAGCACUGACCUGUCGGAUGGCCGCCUCACCUGGUCCUAACAAUGAAGCACUGACCUGUCUGAUGGCCGUCUCACCUGGUCCUAACCAUGAAGCACUGACCUGUCGGAUGGCCGUCUCACCUGGUCCUAACCAUAAAGAACUGACCUGUCGGAUGGCCGUCUCACCUGGUCCUAACCAUGAAGAACUGACCUGUCAGAUGGCCGUCUCACCUGGUCCUAACCAUGAAGCACUCACCUGUCGGAUGGCCGUCUCACCUGGUCCUAACCAUGAAGCACUGACCUGUCGGAUGGCCGUCUCACCUGGUCCUAACCAUGAAGCACUGACCUGUCUGAUGGCCGUCUCACCUGGUCCUAACCAUGAAGCACUGACCUGUCGGAUGGCCGUCUCACCUGGUCCUAACCAUGAAGGCCUCUCACCUGAUCCUAACAUACUGGCUUCUCACCUGGUCCUAACCAUGAAGCACUGA